AGCCUCCACCCCCGUCCCCUCCGCUGGCGGCCGGGGCCGUUUGUCCGCCUUGGGCCGCCGUCGGUGCUCGGGGGCCGGGGGAGGGCAGCGGGAGGAGCCGGGGCAGGAGCGGGGCCGGUGGGGGCCGGUGGCGGCCGAGCCAUGAGCGAGAAGGGCGAGCUGGACCUGAGCGGGGCCAAGCACAACACCGGCAUGUGGCUCGUCAAGGUCCCGAAAUACUUGUCACAACAAUGGAGUAAAGCAUCAGGAAGAGGUGAAGUGGGAAAACUAAGGAUUUCCAAAAAUCAAGGAAGAACAGAAGUGUCAUUUACUCUGAAUGAAGAACUUGCCAGCAUCAAUGAUAUUGGAGGAAAACCUGCCUCUGUCAGUGCACCAAGGGAACAUCCUUUUCUUCUGCAAAGCGUGGGAGGACAGACCUUAACGGUGUUCACCGAAAGUUCAGCAGAAGGCCAAUCAGAUGAAAAAUCUGAAAGCGGCAGUGCUGAUAAACUCUCCCUGGAAGGAAUAGUGGUGCAACGUGCUGAAUGCAGGCCUGCAGCUAGUGAAAAUUACAUGAAGCUGAAAAGAUUACAGAUAGAAGAAUCUUCUAAACCCGUAAGGCUAUCACAGCAGCUGGACAAAGCAGUAACCACCAAUUACAAACCCGUGGCUAAUCAUCAAUAUAAUAUUGAAUACGAGAAGAAAAAGAAAGAAGAUGGGAAACGGGCUCGGGCUGAUAAACAACAAGUGCUGGACAUGCUCUUUUCUGCCUUUGAGAAACAUCAGUACUACAACAUUAAAGACCUGGUGGACAUAACCAAACAGCCAGUGAUAUACUUGAAAGAAAUCCUCCGAGAAAUAGGCAUCUACAACGUGAAGGGGACCCACAAAAACACGUGGGAGCUGAAGCCGGAAUACAGACAUUACCAAGUGGAAGACAAGAGCGAUUAACAAAACCCCUACGAAGCAGAAGAGGACUACAGAGGAGUGACCGCACCGAGGGAGCUGCUGUGGGUUUCCAGACAGAACUGAGCACAGCCCAACUGUGCAAGGCUAAAUUAAAAUCCAACCAACCAAUCCUUUGUAAUUUUCCGUAGCCUCGUUUGUUUUUCAGAGGAAUAUUUCUUGUAAGUUUCCAUAAAUGUUUGUCUUUGGACAAAAAAAAAUAUUUAUAGAAUAAACUUGUAUUAGAUUUAUCUUUAUUAGAAA